CGCUGAUCGCAAAGGUGACUGGGUCGAAGAUAAUUGAUGGAAGAUAUCAUCGAAUUGUCGACGACAGCGCCAAACAGCAGACCAGCAAACGGCCGCCAAGCGAUUCGAACAGUGGUGUGGUGUGGUGCUAACGGCCUUCCCUUCGCAUGUCACCUCCUCCGUCGCCUUUGGCUCUUGUUGUGACUCGCUGUUGUGUUCGAGGGGUUGUGCUUUCCCUGCCCCACAACGGUUUUGGCUCUUCUGUUUUCCCUUGACACUCUUAUCCUUUCCAUCUCCCUCUUCUUUGUGUAGCUUGCCUCUCUUGGCUUGUGUGUGGUCAUCCCUCUCCCCUGCUCAAGUAACGGCGGCGAUGGAGGGACACCCGAGCUUCCGCACGCUGGAGGACCUGAAGAAACGGUUGCAGAACGUACAGCUGUCCCCAACAAAGGACAGCCGUGGCAGCAGCAGUGGAGAAAGCAACGGCAGCAGCAGUCGCAGAAGUCUGAGCAGAGAGCACGUGCUCACAGCAUCAACGUCCACAGCACCAACAACGGCAACAACAACGUCCACAACAGCAACAGCAACAACAGCAACAACAACCGCUCACCACCGUCCACAAUACCACCCUGGAUCUCGUGGUGGUGAUGGCGGUGAUGGUGAUGGCGAAAGUUCGAUACUGGCAUCGUUGACGCAGCUGCUGGGUGAUCAGCACGACCACCCCCAGCCCAGCGCCACGCAAAGUGACCGCAGCAGUAAACAACAACAGCACAAGCAGCGCCAACAACAACAACAGCAGCAGCAACAGCAGCAGCAGCAGCAUGAAAGCACGUCACAGCACAGCUCAACAGCUGCGUCGCCGUCUCGGAAGCAGGUUCGCUUUGACGAUGAGAGCGUUACCGGCCACGAGGGAAACACAGCCGUUAAGCACAACAGAGGCAGCACCUCCUCGCGGAUGAACGUGGAGACCCCGAAACUGGUGCCGGCAGCAGCUGCAACAAUCAGCCCGCGUCGCGCGCACCACCUGUCAUCGUCGCCCCUGGGCAUCUCGCCGCUGCGCCAGUCGCUGGAGGCGUUGCAGCGCAUGCACGCGGAGCAGCAAUCCCGCUUUGCUCGGCUGCAGGCGCAGCACAGCACACAGAUGCACGACGCGUCCUCGCUGCUCAGACCAAGCAGCCACGCGACUGCGGCCGACGCCUCGAUUGCCGAGAGCGGGUAUGCAGACACCACGCUUGAAGACAGUGAGGAUGUUGUCAAGACCACCGCCGGCGAAUGGGAGAGCAAGUGUCAGGCCCUCGCUGCGCGUUUGCAGCGGCUCGAGCACGAGCUGUCGUCUGCGCGGUCGCGGGCGGCAACAGCGGAGGAGACGGCAUCAUCGGUCACUGCGCAGAUGCACCGCCUCACCAGCAGGCUCGACCACGCCGCGCAGAUGCUCGCAGAGAGCGAGCGGGAGCGUGCGCAGGCGGAGGAGGGGCUACAGGAGCUGUUUGCGUUUGAAUCUGAACGGCAGCAGCUGCUGAGAGACAUCAUGGACGAGCUCUCCUUCUACAAGGACAAGUCACAGCAGCUUGAGGGAAGUCUGAUGCAAUCACAACGCAGCCUGGAGACACUCACACAACAACAACAACAACAACAACAACAACAACAACAACAACAACAACAACAACAACAACAACAGCAGCAGCAGCAGCAGCAGCAGCACGAGAGUGUUGAGUUGCAUCAGGUGCAACGGGCACGGGACCGGUGGCGCCGCGAGUGCGAAACGGCACAGGCCACCGUCGCCGAAUUGGAGAAGAAGCUCGAGGCAUCCGCCGAACGCAUCAAGGACCUUCAAGGACAGCUUGCGGAUGCGCGUGCUGAGCUGGCGGACCGGCGGCGCGAAGAGAGCGACGAGAUGAAGCAGCUGCAGAAGAUGAGCGAACACAUGAAGACGCAGAUAUUCGACCUCAACGCCGAGUACAGGCGCGUCGAGAACGAGAACAAGGCCCUCAAGCGGCAGAUUGCAAACCAGCAGCACCUGCAGCAGCCUGGGGCGGCGUCGCCGAACACGUCGACGGCCCACAAUGACAUCCAUCCGUUUGAGAAGGAGCGAGCGACUGGUGGCGUGUUUGCACUCGCGCGCUCCCCGCCGCCAGAGCGCAGGACACACGAGGACACAACAGCAACAACGCCGGCCAAGCAGCAGUACACCCAGCAGCAGCAACAGCCAGCAUCAGGCAUUUAUGAGGAGGUCGCUGGUAUGCGCCGGCGCCAGUGGCAGAUUCCGGCCCGCAGUCCACAACAGCAACUACCACAAACUCAGCGACCACCACAACCACCACAACCACAAACACAGCUGCCAAAACAGCCGUGGGGCACGGCCGACGUGUCUGGUGCCGGGUUUGCUGGUCUGGAACGGGAGGAGGAGGAGCUGUUGACGUUUGCGGCGCAGCGCGGGGACACAUACGCACAGGAACUGCUGUGGCGGCAGCAGCAGCUCAUGCAACUGCAACAGCAGCAGCCGUCACAGCAGCAGCAACCACCACCACCACCAUCAUCACUACCAUCAGCAACACAUGCACGUGCUGUGGCGUCGCAAUCGGAGCACGGGUACGCGGGCGAGCGGCAAUCGCGUGUGCAGCACGGCAGAGGACCUGUCAUGACGACAUCAGCCACAGCACGUGGCAUCAGAAGCACAAACACCACCGACACCACCGACACUGCCAUCCCCAUCACCAACAACAGCAGCAGUGGUGGUGGUGGCGGUGGCACGUAUCGUGUUGGUGGUGGUGAUGUGUCUGUGAUGGCGAGUGGAGGUGGAGGUGGAGGUGCAGUGGAUGCAAGUCCGCGAACACCGCAGACGGGCGGCCGGCAGCACGCCAACGACGAGUGCGACUUCAACAUCUUCACGGGCGAACCAAGAGUGCAACAGCGUGGCGACAUUGCAAAGCGGAACAGGAUGACACCCGGCACGCGCAUGUCGUGGGUGGACAGCCCGCCACGCCGCUCCCAGCCAGACACACGCAUCUCCGCCUACGCAUCAGAAGGGUUUGCGUACAACGUGCUUGGGCCGGCGGGCCCUUCGCAGACGCUGCGGAUGGAGGCGAUGGACGCUGCACUGGAGAAGGCGCGGCUCGUGCGCAGGGGGUUCACCCAGUGA